AGCAAAGACCUGGAGCAGCUCUGGCAACAGUUUCACAAUAUAGGGCCCCUCUUUUGUACCACAAUGCAGCAAGCUGUAGAAAGAGCUUUGGAUCGUGCGGAGUACAUCAUUGAAAGUGCCCAACAGAGACCCCCGAAAAGGAAACACUCAUCUAGUGGGCAAACAUCUCUCUCGGAAAAACUUUAUGACAUUUACGUUGAAGAAUGUGAAAAAGAGCCUGCCAUUCCGGAGGAAUUGCGAAGCAACGUGAACUUGUUAGAGAAGCUUGUUCGGAGAGAGUCGUUGCCGUGUUUGGUGGUCAACCUGUACCCAGGAAAGGAGGGCUAUUCCCUGAUGCUCAAGGGAAAAAAUGGAUCAUUUUCGGAGAGCAUUCGGCUGCCUUAUGAGGAAGGGGAAUUACUCGAAUACUUGGACGCAGAAGAAUUACCCCCUGUUUUGGUGGAUCUCCUGGAAAAGUCUCAGGUUAACGUUUUUCACGAUGGGUGUGUCAUAGCUGAAAUCCGGGACUACAGGCAGUCCAGUAACAGGGAACCUCCCGGUUACCAAAGCAGGCAUAUUCUCUUACGUCCCACGAUGCAGACUUUAGCCUGUGAUGUAGAGGCCAUAGCCAGCGAUAACCAGAAAUGGACCCAAGAGGACAAACUUUUGCUUGAGAGCCAGCUGAUCUUAGCCACAGCUGAACCACUGUGUCUAGACCCUUCCAUAUCAGUAGCCUGCACUGCCAACAGAAUGCUCUAUAACAAGCAAAAGCUGAACACUCUCCCCAUGAAAAGGAGCUUCAAGAGGUUUUCUUCUGCGUCUCUGAAUCGGCAGCUGGAGCUAUAUCAUUGUUCACCUCCUCCAGAGCUAAGAGUACUGGCUUCUUGCAAAAAAAUAAGGGAAAGUAAAACAGGUGAGCAUUAUGGCCUCAAAAAUUUUAAAGCAGGAAAUUGUGUAGAUACAUGGAAACAGAGACCCUGUGACUUGGCAGUACCUUCUGAAGUGGACGUGGAGAAAUACGCUAAAAGUAAGAAGCCUGUCACACAUGAUGACUCACAGCCAGCGGUCCGGCCAGCCCAUGAGGUACAAGAUGGUUCUGUAUUUGGAUAUGAGGCUGCCCCUCAGUCCCAGGCCACAAAGCUGACCGUCAGGCAGCCAAUUGAUAAUUCCCUUUCCUUGGGAAAAAGGUCUGGUAAAGAAGCCCCAUGGGAGAGAGGCCUGUUCCCCCCCCACUCCCCUGAAGAUGGCCAUUCCAAGAGUUUCGUGUCGGGUCUAAAGACUGAUGCCAGGAGGGUGUUCAUUGGGUUGGAGGAACUGGUCCAGGAGAGCGCCCAGUGUCCAGGCCAGAUGUCACCUGGCUCUGGUGGCUCAGCCGGUCUCAGGCAACCUUCUCCAAGGAAAGAAGCAGAACAGCCUAAGACUGGGUGGGUUCAGUCUUCAGUGCUGGGCAGGGGAGCCAAACCUCCACCUCCCCCCACGAGAGUUCCCUGGCACCCAGGAAAGAGCUCCUGGGGUGACCGUUUUACUUCGCUGCAGGCGGGUAGCUCUCCUGCGUCUCUGUCUCCAGCCCCUGCUCCUGAGCCACCGAGUAAAUCCUCUGUGGAGCUGAAUGGAGUUAUUUCGCUUCCUGCCGCCACCCCAUCACAGAGGAUCCCCGCCGCCGCCGCAGCAGCCGGGAUGGCGGCCCCCUGCGCCGGCCUGAGCGUCACCAGAGUGGCGGGCCCUGGUCGCGGAGGCCAGGCCUCGGGGAGCAGCUCCGCCACCGGGGCCACAGAGCCCGCAGGGAUCCCGCCGGGCCACCUUCCUCCCCGAGCUGGGUCACCCAGUGCACCGCGGGCUGCUCCUCCUCCAAGGCAGGUUCAACUGCUUUUGCAAGGUGCUCGCGGCCUCAGGCCCUUGGCCCUGAGCGGCCAGGGCAGCAUCCCUCCGCCGCGGGUCCCCCGCUGCCAGCGUCACAGGGUCCGAGGGCACAGAGUUCGGUGGGUCCAAAUACAGCCCUCCCUGCGCCGCGAGCCGUGGUCUUGGAGCGCAGCAGACCGCAGGGUUUCCUGCAGCCCCAGGCACUUGUGUUGUCUCAGCCGGGCUCCGGCCAGAGCCCCCCUAGGCCCAACCGCCCUCAGCAGAGGGCCCGGCGCGCCGCUGCUCUGCAGCUGCACUGGAGGGUCGUGCAGUGCCAGGUGGCUGCGGCCACGGUCACGGCCACGGCAGCCACGCCAACGGCCCCGGCAGCCCCGGCAGCUCAGCCCUCGCCCGGCCAGCAGACGGCCGGCCAGUCACAAGGUGCAGUGAAUAGAGGCCCGCCAGGCUCUCCCAAGUCCUGAGUCCUACCUUACCUUCUCCCUUUUUCACAGCA